UUCCCAUGAGCUCCUGCGACUGUGCGUCCGUUUGAUUCGAUCGCCAUUUUGGGAUUACGUUUGUAUUGAAUGCGACAGUUGCAAAAUUUUGUAGGGCACCAAAAUGUCUCGAUAUCGAGAUUCGGGGUCAUCUGAUGCUAAGUUAUAUGUUGGAGACUUAGGAUCGUCGGCGUCCAAACAGGAACUUGAAGAAGCGUUUUCGUAUUACGGCCCUUUGCGCAAUGUGUGGGUCGCUCGUAAUCCACCCGGCUUUGCGUUUGUGGAAUUUGAGGACGUGAGAGACGCAGAAGAUGCAAUUCGGGGAUUGGAUGGAAGAACUAUAUGUGGCAGAAGAGUUCGUGUAGAAAUGUCAAAUGGCAUAGGUGGCAAAGGUGGCCGUUUCAGAGGUUCAGUACCACGACGAGGUCGGCCAUUUCACCCAGAAGACAGGUGCUACGAAUGUGGGGAGCGAGGCCACUAUGCCCGUGAUUGCUACAGAUACCGUUCUCGUAGCAGUGGACGGCGCAGGUCAUACUCACGUAGUCGUUCACGUUCAAGAUCAAGAUCACGUAGCCGCAGCAGGUCACGAAGCCGUCGUUCAAGAACAAGAUCGAGAUCUCGCAGUCGCUCGAAGACACCUAGGUCACGUUCUCGCACUCGCAGCCCAGCUCGCUCUAGGACACCGCGCUCACGAAGCCGCAGUGGAAGCAGGGCACGAGAUUCUCCUGAUCGCAAUGGGGAUGUUAACACAAAUGAACGGGAUUGAUUGCUUUGCUUUAACACUCAUCUUGGACCUUCUGGUGAUUGCUGGGAGGCAUCUAGACAGCUUGGAACUUCCAGAUUAUAUUUUUAAGUCACUCUUGUAAUGCUUUUAAAAUGUUCCAGCACUUGUUUGACUAAAGAAUGAAUUAGGCUAAGCUUUAUUACUUAAUGUUUCUCCAUAUGUUGUAUUGAGUACUACUUUUGCGGUACUCACUGUCAGUGUUAGAUUUGGACAUGCAUUUUGUAAACAGUGUACCUUUUAUAGGUUCCUGUGAACAAAUGCAGCAGGUUUGUAUUUAAAAACACAUUCUAUACUUUUCUUAUAAACUAUUGAGUGGUAUCAGCUCGUAUACUCACAUGAAGUAUAGUUUCCUAUAGUGUGAUUUGACAGAGAUUUUUAUUUUUGAUCUCACUGGAAUGAUACAGUUAACCACCUCAGUACUGGGCAACAGUAUUUUUCAGUUCAGUUCUGUGAUGUCAUUUUGGGCACCAGCCUAUAAUAUGAUUGUAAGCUCCUUCGCAGUAGUACUAAGAACUUCACGUGUUUGCCAUAUCAAGAGCAGUUGUCUUGUGGUGACAGUUGAGUGAUAAGCCAUUGCGCCUCUCUCUCACUCUCUCACUCCCCCCCCAUCCCCCCCGGUCUCCUGUUCCAUCUCCUGUUCACUCCACCCACCUGUUCAGAGAGAGAGAGAAGGGGGUGGGGCUUGUUUAAGUGUACUUGUUUGAUUUUGCAGAUAGUUAAUAAAAAUUUAGAAAUGUACCUGCCUGUGAAAAUAACAGGUACACAUGACAGGUCAAUUUUCAGCAUUUACCUUAGAUUCUGUAGUUUGUACUCAUACACGUCAUAACUGAAUUUAUUCAAAUGCUUGUCUUCUCCAUGGUUGGUCAUACCUGUAUUGCGACAGCUGUCUUUAACUUAACAAGUGUGUAGUAAAUCAGGUGGGUCGAGUAGGACAGUAAUAGCUGCAAAUAAGGGGAAGGCUUGCAUGCCACAAAUCCUUUAAAUUCACUUCUUCAUGUGAAGUUCUUCUAAUGAAGUGUACUUAAAUGUUAUGUUAAUAAAGUAUCUUUUCGGACAUUGA